GUGGCAGAGCGUGUAAAUGUAAAGACUCUUUCUCUGCCUAUUAUCUGAGUGACUCGGGGUUUUGGUGUCUGCCUCCGAGCGCGUGUGUGUGUGUGUGUGUUGGAGGGAGAAAAGAGAUAAAGAGAGAGAGAGUAAGGGAGAGAGAGGCAAGCCGCGUUUCUUCUCCCCGUCUCCCUGCUCCCCGUCUCCCUGCUCCCUGUCACUCCAUCCUUCCUCCCCUCUCCUGGACCACCCUACAGCCCUGCUUCCAGCCGGACCGGGACCCCCCCCCCCCCUACCACCCAGACCGCCCCGGGACCCUUUGACUCUCCUCACUUCUCCGUCCCACCAACAAAAAAACCUCUAAGCAGGAAUUCCUCUCCUCCCCUGGAACGCUGUGUCAACAACUCAACUGCACAAUAUACGCUGAAGUCACUCCCAGUUUAUUUGAUCUAAGGCGCUUCUGCUAGGCGGGCGCAGCAGAGUGCAGACUUUAGUCUCCCCAUUCUGCUGGAAGGCUGCCAGCCACAGGUCACAUGACCUGGAAGAAAAAACCUGGGAGACUUUCGGGAUCCCUUUUCGCAUGGGCUGCUUAUCAACCUGAAGGGAAGUCCAAAGGCUGAUGAACUGAUCUCUGUGUGACACCACGUUGCUCUGGAGUCCUAUAUGCCCUGGGAUACAACACCCAGCGCAAAUCUGGUGACUGGCUGGCUGGUAUUCCACCCUACCCAUUCUCCUCUUGAGGACAUCCCAUUCCAGGACAUUGCUUUGGCCUUACUUCCCCCCAGCAUGGAGAUGGAACCCAGUAAAGUCCCGUCAGAGGGCGGCCUCAAUGUCACCCUCACCAUCCGCCUCCUCAUGCACGGAAAAGAGGUUGGAAGUAUAAUUGGAAAGAAAGGGGAAACAGUAAAGAAGAUGCGUGAAGAGAGUGGAGCCCGAAUCAAUAUUUCCGAGGGUAACUGUCCCGAGAGGAUUGUCACCAUCACUGGACCAACAGACACCAUCUUCAAGGCUUUUGCUAUGAUAGCCUACAAAUUUGAGGAGGACAUCAUCAAUUCCAUGAGCAACAGCCAAGCAACCAGCAAGCCCCCUGUCACCUUGAGGCUCGUCGUGCCAGCCAGCCAGUGUGGCUCUCUCAUAGGUAAAGGAGGCUCCAAAAUCAAAGAAAUGAGAGAGUCCACAGGGGCCCAGGUCCAGGUAGCAGGGGACAUGCUGCCCAACUCCACAGAACGUGCAGUGACAAUCUCCGGAACCCCAGAAGCCAUCAUCCAGUGUGUCAAACAAAUAUGUGUGGUCAUGCUCGAGUCUCCACCAAAAGGUGCCACCAUCCCUUAUCGCCCAAAGCCUGCCUCCACCCCGGUCAUUUUUUCUGGUGGCCAGGCCUACACAAUUCAGGGACAGUACGCCAUACCCCAUCCAGAUCAGUUGACCAAGCUCCACCAGUUGGCUAUGCAGCAACCCCCCUUUACCCCCCUCGGACAGACCACCCCUGCUUUCCCUGGUUUGGAUGCCAAUCCACCAGCCAGUACCCAUGAACUUGCCAUUCCCAAUGAUCUAAUAGGCUGCAUCAUUGGACGCCAGGGAACCAAAAUAAACGAGAUCCGACAGAUGUCUGGAGCGCAGAUCAAAAUCGCGAAUGCCAUGGAGGGCUCCUCGGAGCGCCAGAUCACCAUCACAGGGACUCCUGCCAACAUCAGUUUGGCCCAGUAUCUCAUCAAUGCCAGGUUCAGGGACGUGGCUGCCAUGUGGAAUGACCCCUCAUCCAUGACUACAUCCUGAAGUCACCCCAAAUCUGCUUCUGUUUGCAAAAGCUAACAUCAAAACCGCUGUUUCACAAUUAACCUCUGUGUGUUAUCCCAUUGAACUUCCCCUUUAGACUCCCUUGCACAACACUUAGCAUUAGCCAAUGGAGUUAACUUUAGUCAAAUUGAUAACACUGGGAUUAGUUUUUAAACGAUGGAGCCAGGGUAUCGUUUAGAAUAGUUUGAUAUUUUUGUCAAAUUCUGUUCUUAUAAUUGCUCGGGGUCAGAUAAUACGGUUGAUACCAACUUUCAUCUCUGUCCGUUAAAUAUGUAGCCAUAUCCAGGAGAAGGUUAGCUUAGCUAGCUAGUCAGAAGCUUAUGGUGGGUUCAUUUUAUAUUUGAAAGUCGGAAAUUGGAGUUGUGAAUUACGCCUCACCCAAGGUUUACUGCGUUUCAACAGAAACAGUUCCAAGCCAGUUCUAGACAUGCUGUAUUUUGUGCUUACACUUAAGCAACAGGUCCACAAAUAAAAUGUGUACGGUAUUGUGUGUAUAGAUAUACAGAUAUACUAAUAAACUGUAAAUUAAGAUAUCUUUUGCUUAACAGCCAUCUUGGAAUUUGAUGGGUGAUGAGAUACUCCCAACAUUUCUUAUUGAAAUGCUACUUCAGGGGGUUUUCGGCUUAAUUUUCUUCGAGUAGAAAAUGGGAAAUGUCAAUAUACAAUUACAAAUUGAACGCAUCCAUUUGCUUGGCUCUGUCUAAAGGCGACAAUCAUUUUGCUUACCCGCACCUAUAAAGCUCACUCAUUAACAUGGUGGCACCCUCACAUUGAGAUAAAGGCUCCAGGAAGUCAUGCCUUUUUUUGUGACAUGCUAUGCUAUGCAAUGCUAUGCUAACCACCUCCUGGCUGCAACGUUAACAUAAGGGUGGUAUUAACCUUCUCAUUUUGCUGUAAGAAAAAAAAAAGCACAUUUCAAAAUGUCUAAUUAUUUCUUUAAGUGUUUAAUUAGCAUGCCUUAUUCCAAUAAUAAUAUUGUCUUUCUGUUUUUCAUUGUUCUAUUGGAUACAUGUGCCUAUUUAGUCCUAUUGUGUCAUUGUCUGAAAUAGUAAAAUGAAUAAAAAAUGUAAAAUAAAUAAAAGUAAAAAAAGACAAAACACAUGACUGCCACUCGAGCAAUGCUGUUGAGAGAAGAGUGAUGUGAUGCCUCUGUCAGGGAAUACAGCAAUUUAUACACAUUUCAUACACCAUUAUUUUCUCCUCACUGCAUGGCUUCAUCAGGGGGAUAGAACUGCAUGGUUAAAUACCAUAUUUUUUGAAGUGAAGGUUGAAGGGUAUUAUAUAAAUAUGGUAUCAAAUAUGCAGAGAAAACCACAACCUGCAGUGUCAGCAAACACUGGAGCACAGAACCAGCCAUUGCAGCUGUACUUUCACUUCCAAGGGAAAGUUCUUCUUUCACAGCUGUUUUAUUCUCUCUGUCUGCCUCCCCUCCCUCCCCUCCCCCUCCUUCCCCCAAACUGUUCUAGGCUGACGUCUGAAGUCACUGGAAUGGGCACACUGUAAUUUCUACCCAUCUUCCCUCAGUGCAUCACAUGACCUUUGAGCAAAUGGCAUUGCACCUGAUAUGUAUUUAUUUCUCUGUGUUUGACUGUCCUGAUUUAUUAAGUGACUUUAACAAUGAUUUCUAGUAUUUACUGUCAACACAUGUAUCCGCACUGUUCCUAGGAUUCCUCACACCUGUCCCUGUUGUUUUCUGAAAGGUUGCUUAACUUCUUUGACACUCUAGUAUCUUUCAUGGCAUCUCACGCACUGCGCCGCUUUGUUUUACCUCAUAUUUCAACUUUUUCUUUCUUGCACUGCAGACACCAGUCAAUGCAAAGCAAACCUGUACAUUGGUAUGACAAUCCAAACCAAGGUUUUCUUUCCUUCAGCCCGCAUUCUCCUAUUUUAUGAUGGAUGGAAUGGGUGCUUUAGCAUGUGAACAUAGACAUUUGCCUGCUUUUAAUUGUGUAGUGUUGUUACAUUUAAAUUGUUCUGCAUGACACACAACACCUACUACAUUUCCAAUUUAUUUCAAACUCAAAACUGCGGAAAGGAAGACCAAAUGCUAAAAGGGAAUGGAGGGACAGAAACGGUCUUUUGAUCUGAAAGUGUGACUUUGACUCCAAUUUGGAAUAGAUACAGACCAGUAAGUAAACAACCCCCGUAAUGCGCGAAUAUCCAAGUUUCAUGCGAAAAAAGACUGUUGCGGAAAAAUGGAAAUGACUAAAGUGAAGGGUGAAAUCCAAAUGCAUGCUACAAAUAAACACCACUUUAUUCGCCUAUACUCUUCAAACAUAAUAUAACUUUCAUGUUAUUCAUGCUGCCAUGUCAUAACAAAUAUAGAGGUAUGGGCCAUAUAGAAAAUGGUGGAGUCUGGUGUCCUCACAUGUAACUCAUUUAAGGCACAGUUUGCUAGGCAACAAGCCUUUCCAGUUACGGAAAAUGUAAUAUGUUUCUGGUCAGCAUGUAUAAUUCACUAGAGACAUAUAUUUGUACGUAUGUAUCCACAAUGAACUAGUUUUGCAGAUAGAGUCUCUGCACCAUUAAUUAACCCUUGUGCCUCACUAGGGACAUUUUCCGCUUAUCGCAUAUUAUCAGUCCACAACAAAGCGUGUAGUCAGAACCCAUUUAAACAACAUUUUAAAAAUAAAAGGGAAAUGAUUUAAACAAUCUGGCAUUUCAAGGAGUUAACGUUCUAAUAAAAUAUAUGAAAAUGAGGAAGUUUUGAUGAAGACAGGAGUAGAAGUUAUUUUAAAAUUAUGAUACAUUUUGCAAUCUGGCAAUUGUUUGACUCACUGACAUUGUUGUCCUCUGAAAACAGCAUUUUUUGUGAGGAACAAGGGUUGACAUUUAUUUUGUAAUCAGUCUAAAUGAUUAUACUAGAUUAUAUUUCAGAAUGAUGCAUAAAGUAACAAACAUUAAAAUGGCUAUUUAACAAAAAGUUUGGAUGACUUAUUAAAAUGUAUCACCCAACAUACAUACAGUUUUAUAUAACAUCAAUAUUUCAGAUAUCAUCGAAUAUAAACCAAAAUCUUUCUGUAUGUCCUGCAAAAAAUACAACUGGAUGGCCUUAUUAGUAUCUGCAACUGUCAACGAUAAAUAAAUAAAAGAUAUGUAGUCUACAACACACAGGAGACUUCCACAAAUAGCCUAAUAUAUUAUUCAUCUGAUGACUGUGUGCUACUUUGCAGGUAGCUAUUAUUUUAAAUCCACGUUAUCUUAAUAAAAUUAUACAUGUUACUCUCAACGCCUGGAAAUGCAUUACUCCAAUGAUAAAUAAUGUUCUGGGAAUAUUAUUUAGUCAUUACAGGUACAUGGCUUUUUGGUUGAUUUUACGGGAGUCACUAAAAUGUUUUUGUUGUUGAGAAAUAGCUGCUUCACAUUACCACAUUAACAUAUUACAUCCACACAUUGCUUGACAUUUACAUGAUGAAUGUAAAUAUGUACAUCAGCGCUCAUCUGGCUGCAUCUGGACGUGUUUCAGAUGUGAGGAAAAGCUAAAUGAAGGCUGACAAUAACGAUUUUGUAAUAAUACCACAGUGUAGAAAUACCUGUUAAGUCAAGGAUGUUACUUAAUUAAGAGUACAAAAGUACAAUAUUUGCUUCUGUAGUGCAGUAGAAGUAUAAAGUAGCAUAACAUGGAAAUACUAUGUAAAUGUACUUAGUUACUUUCAUCCACUGGUUUUUCAUUUUUAAUAUAAAAAACUCUGCGUCAUCAAAGCAGAUUAUUAUCUUAAUACAAUUCCACAUUGAUAGUUGUGUCUGUUGGUUGAAGGUGGUUGUGUGCCAGCCAUGAUGCAGUCAUGCUGCUUUACAGUAUGAGCCAUUUGCAAACAUCUCAGUUGCCUUUUUGAUUGUCAUAUCUGUCAUAAUCAUGCAUCGCUCAUGUGCUUAUCGUUACGGUGUGUGAUUUACACUCUGUUGUGUAAAUAGAACACCCUCUUGUUGUGUUGAUUUUGCCUUUUAACUCAUACAUUUACACAUUGUUGUUACUGUGCUAGAGCAGCAACAAAAUGAAAGGCUAGCACCAUAAGUUGCUGUUUGAGGAAAUGUGUCUGAUCAUGUUUAAGUUUGAUCAUUUUGCUUUUUGAAAGUCUGUAUUGGAUUUAUUAUUUAUUGAGGUUGAUACUGAAAUGUUUUGUAAAAUGAAGAGAAUAAAGUUUGUGUGUUUUCCCUUGA